AUGAUUCUGAGAGAUUUGUUGGAAAAGGGAAAGGAUGACAAAGAAAAGAAAUGGGACAAACAACAAAAAUGGGCUUUUGCUGCAAUUCAAAUCCGCUGCAUCGGUGGAGUCAGAGAACGGAAAGAAAGAAAGGGAAAGGUGGGGCAGAUCUGUUUCCAGAUCCGUUUUGAAAUUGAGAACAGGCAGAGUACAGGUGUCAAAUGCAGGAUAACCUAUGGAGCCCACAUGACCAAAACCCAGGAAACACAAAUGAAAGAGAUCGCGGUGGUCAAUAUUCUGUUGAACAACCUGUCGAAGCAGUUAUAUGAAGAUAAUGAUGAUUUGAAGCUGAUCUCAGGUUCAGAGAGUGAGUUUCGAGAUCUGCUCGACCAAGUUCGACGCCUAAAUGCCUGCCUACUUUAUGUCGCAGAUAUUAAGAGGCAUCGAUUGAGAAAAGAGUUGAUGGCGGAAAUUCCAUCUGUUAUUUAUAGAAUUGAGGACGUCAUUGAUAAGUUGCUGGUUAAGAGGAUGCUGAUAAAACGGAGAUACUACUAUUAUAUAUGGCCGGCAAAACGUCUCUUCAUUAUCAGUUCUAGCCGCCGGAAUAAAGUAGUACUGAAGAGUGCUUCUCAAAUUAUCAAAGACCUCCUCGGCAGUAUGGUGGAACCUCCCGACCGAGAACGACUAGCUCUUCCGUCCGGUCAAAAGUUUGUUCUGGUUGCAAAUGUUUUGGGUGAUGCUUUGUCUAAAACAGUUCACCAGCAGUCUCCGAAGUCCAUUCGUGUUAUUCGCUUUAGAGUGGUGGGCUUUGAUGAGGAAGCAGAAAAACUGAUCAAGCGACUUAUUGAAGGACCGGAAGAUCCAGAUGUUGUUCCCAUUGUGGGAAUGGUUGGACUUGGGAAAACCACACUGGCAAAACAAAUCUAUUGUGAUUCUCGAAUUUCAGAACAAUUUAAAAGCACAUUUUGGAUUAACGUCGGCCAAUUCGAGCUGAAGGAUAUCUGUCUUUCUAUUCUUGAACGGCUCGGCAGUAAUGUAGAAUAUGAAGAUAUGGAUGUACGUGAAUUAGCUAAAAUAAUAUGUGGUAUUUUGGCUGAAAGUGGUGGUAGAUGUCUCUUUGUGUUGGACAAAGUUUGGACAUCGGAAGUUGUUGAUCUUUUCAAAAUAAUUUUUCCAAAGAAUAAAAAAGGUCACCGUAUUCUGAUGACGACUCGCAUAGGAUAUGUGGCUACUUAUGCCAAUGAAGAUCCUCAUUAUCUGAAAUAUCUUUCUCGAGAUGAAAGUUCUGAGUUGUUAAUUGAAAGAUGUGGCGGGAAACAUACCUCCUUCUCUGAGGAGUUGGUUGAAAUCGGGAAAAGAAUUGCAGAACAAUGUAGUGGAGUACCACUUUUGUUAGCUACUGUUGCACAUUCAUUACGAUUUCACCGGGAGAUACAUGAGGGGAAACUUGUUGAGGGAAAUGUGAUGAAGCGAUUUAUGGAUAAAGGUGACCAACUAAGCAUUUAUCCCUUCGUAAAGGAGAGUUACAAUAGUUUGACCAAGGACAUGAAGCUAUGUUUCCUACAUUUGGGCGUCUUUCCUCUAAAUUUUCAAAUUCCCGCUCAGAAAUUGAUUCGCUUGUGGAUUGCUGAGUGCUUAAUAAAGUCUGACUCCGACUUCGACUCGAUAUCACUUGAGGAGAGAGCAGAAAUUUGUUUGAACGCCCUUGUCGAUAGGAAUCUAGUAAUAGUGAUGCGAAAGAGGCUUGAUGGUAAAAUAAAAACAUGUCGUGUUCAUGAGUUGUUGCAUGCUUUCUGCAAAGUCAAGGCUGAAAAAUGGCUCUUUAAACUAGUAUCUUCAGAUACUGUCACUGAAGGUACUGUCAAUAUAGCAGAGACUACGCGUCGAUUGUGUAUUCAAUCCACUGUUCUGAAAAACUUUCUCUCCAGAAAGCCAGUUGCAAAGCAUGUUAGAUCUUUUUACUGUUUUCAUUCAGAACAAAGCCAAAUGGGGUUGUCUGACAGUUACAGCCAACUCAUCCACAAAGCUUUUCCAUUGCUUAGGGUUUUGGAGAUUGGUUCCCUCAACUCCGUUUUCUCCAAGGAUUUUAACCAGCUAUAUCAUUUGAAGUAUAUUUCCAUUAAGGGAGAUUUCAAGGCUCUUCCCGAAGCCUUUGGUAAAUUCUGGAACUUACAAACUCUUCUAAUUAAUACAACUACAUCAGAGCCCACCCUUGAGAUUGAAGCAAGCAUAUGGAAUUUGUUACAAUUGCGGCAUCUGCACACCAAUAUCCCUGCAAAUUUGCUGCCCUCGCCUAACCCAACUGGUAAAGAUUCUUGCCUACAAAAUCUUUCUGUGGUGGCACCAGAAAGUUGCACGAUAGAUGUCUUUGCAAAAGCUUUUAAUCUCAAAAAGUUGGGUAUUCGAGGGAACAUGGAGGCUUUCCUUAACACUGCCAAGGGUGAAUUCAGCAAUCUUGAAGACAUAAGAUGCCUAGAACAUUUGAAACUGUAUAACGAUGGUUCUAAUAAAUUACACCUUCCUCCGUCCUUCAAAUUUUUAAGCACUCUGAAGAAGUUAACGUUGUCUGGCACAAUGUUUGAUUGGAGUGAUGCCAACAUAUUGGGGCAAUUGGGAUCCCUUGAGGUCCUAAAGUUGAAAGAAGGAUGCAUUCAUGGGGAAAUCCUGGAAGGCGGAGAGAGGAGGUUUCAGUCAACUCCAGGUCCUGUGGAUUGAAAAGGCAGAGUUGGAAACUUGGACGGCCUCAAAACUUCAUUUUCCAAGACUUAGGCACCUUGUUUUUAUCUCUUGUGAAGGUCUUAAGGCCGUGCCAUAUAAGCUGGCUGAUGUACAUAGCUUUAAAGAGAUGAGGCUGAAGAACACACACGGAGCAGUCAGAUCUGCAAGAGAAAUAGAGCACAAGAAGCAGCGGGAAAGCAUCAAAUUCGAACUCACCAUUACCUCCUGAUGCUGAUUAUUAGAAGACCACAUACUUCUCAAAAGGAGAGAUCCAGGCAUGAUUGUUGCUGGGAGCCUGGAACCAUGGACAAGUAGAAUGCUCUUUGAUAAGGAGUCAUCAAAUUUCAUGUUUUCUUCAGUACUCUGUUCAUCUGAUAAAUUUAUUCCAAUAAAGAAGUUGUUUGUGUUUUAUUUAUUCAAGUAUUGUGAAGUUGAAAAUAUCUCUGUGUGGUUGGUCACUGUUGGUUUGUUACAUUUCCAGCUCACCAUGUUUGUUUCCAAGUUGUAAUAAAAGUAUUGUUCCCUUGUUCCAUU